AUGCUGGUAGAUUCAGAAUUUGCAUUAAAAAAAUACUUAAUAACACCUAUUGUUAAUCCAACAACUGAAGUGGAACAAGUAUUUAAUGAAUCUCAAAUUACGAGUCGAAAUCCAGUUGAAAGAUUAUUUGGUGUUUUAAAAAGAAGAUUUCCUGUUCUCUCCCUUGGUAUAAGAUUAGCUCUGGAGACAGCACAGACUCUUAUUGUAGCAUGUGCAGUUCUUCAUAAUAUAGCAGUUAAUAUGAACGAGCCAGAACCUCUCCAAGAUGAUGAUCAGAAUAGAGAAUGGGAGGAAGAAGAAAAUGUGAAUGGAAAUGAUGUUCAUAGAUUGGAACAUAACUUUAGAGAAGAAUUUCUUAUAUACUUUAUGAAUCUAUUAGAAGAAAAUCAAUAA